UCUCAUUCUUACAAAAUUAUAUAUGUGUGUGGUGCGUGUAAUUUAUUAUGUGCAUAGGUGGGAAAGAUGAAAAUCAGUGAGGGAAUCAAGUGUUUGCAAGAUUUAAGCUUCAUAUUUGUAUGGAACUAGGCAAGGGUCACUUUGUUUCUAAGCUUCAUAUUGAGUUAACUAAGGUUUAUUUGUAGGGAAGGAGAUGGCUCUAAUAACCAUUCAGAUUGAUCCUCAAGAUUAUUUUCAAGAGGGAAAGAAGAAAAUCACUGAGGGAUUCAAGUGUUUGCAUGAUUUAGUUCAAUGGUGUAAGCACAACUCAAGCCCUGAAAAUAGUGGAAUCCUCCAUGAAACCAUGACCUACCUUCAAUUUCUUCCACGACGAAUACAAGAAAUUGAAUCCGCAGCACAUCAAGGAGGAGCAACACCUGCAUCUUUCAAUGUCCAUGGAACAGAUCUACAAUGUGGGCAGGUGAUCGAAUCUUUAGCACGGCAGGGAGAUGCAUUUGAAUCUAAUCCCCACGUCAAUGAACAGGAGCAAUCCAUCAGAAGAUAUGGUACCUCAGCUUACCAAUUGGCUUAAUGAAAGAGCUUCACUUCCUUUCAUCGGGAAUUAUAAGACAUAUAAUGAUUUAUUAUUUGAUUUUGAAUCGAAAGUAGAAAAUGUGAUGUGGACAAGUGGUGCUUUGUCCGAAGUGUGGGAACUCAAAAAGUACUACAUGACAUCAUCAAACAAAUAUAAGUUUGACUUAGCGGUAAAACAAGUUGAGUCCAUGGGUAAAAAAGUGACUUCCAAAUAUAAUGAUGAUUGUUUUCUAUAUGAUUUCAAAUUGCUUGAUUGGGCAAUGGGAUAUAAAGAAGUAUUUUGUGAACUGGAGCGCAUAGAUCCUGAUUUCAGGUCUUCCAAUUUUGAUUGGGAUGACGCUACUUCACUGCACAGUUUUUGGGUAGUGGUUGAAGAUAUAAAAAAUGAUCUUCAGAAACUGGGAGAUUCUAAGUUGGCAAACAAGUGUUUCCCUAUGGUUUAUGACAUUUUUUCAAAAAUGCUACAGUUCAAAAAUACUGAAAAUCAGUACUUUCGCCUUGCUGCAUUACGUUGCAGAAAAAUUUUUGAUGAAUGUUGCAACAACUUUAAGUUGGUAAUUAUAAUCACAGUGAUUCUGGAUCCAAGAUUUAAACUAGAUAUUGUAGAGCGUUUCUACAAUGAAGUUUAUGAUAAUGAGGGAGACUUACACUUCAAGAAAAUGAUGGAUGAUGUUACAAAUAUUUACAAUGAAUAUGCGAGGGAUCUCAACAAUUCUUCCAUGGUGAGAGCAAAUGCAAACGAGACUGCUUCAUCAAAAUCAGAUUUUGACCGCUAUUUGACAGAUUUCAAGGUUCCUCCACAAGAAGGCUUUGACAUACUGGAAUGGUGGCGUGUGAAUUCUCCAAUUUAUCCAACAGUAGCUGCGAUGGCUCGAGAUUUCUUAUCCAUUCCUAUUUUUAAUUCUCCUGAUAUGUGGUCUGAGGCUGAGGAUGGCUUUGCUGAUAUUUAUAAUGGUAAUUUGGAUGAUGACUUAAAAGAUGCUAUGAUAUGUACAAAAGUUUGGUUGAAUGACCGUGAUUGUAUGUAAUGAACUUGUUGAAAUAAAAAUCUAUGUUUUAUUUUUCCCA